AUGGCCUUCGUUGCUGCCGAGUACAUCGACGCUCACCACUCCCACUCCCACCCACAUCCGCACUUCCAGAGUCAGCACGGCAUACCACCGGAUCCUUCUACACAGCCGGGCUUCUACAACCCCAAUGCCAGCCUGGCCCAGCAAAUGUCUUGUGACAUCAAGCCGCGCCUGACCAAGGAGCAGCACGACAUCCUCGAAUCGCACUACCAGAAGCAGAACAAGCCCAACACCAACACCAAGAAGGGCUUCGCCGAGUCUCUCAAUGUUUCCUUGGAUAAGGUCAAUAACUGGUUCCAAAAUCGCCGCGCGAAGUCGAAGCAAGAUGCAAAAAAGCAGUUGGGCGCGUUCGGCAUAUACGCGCAACAACAACAGCAGCAGCAGCAGCAAAUCGGCAACCUCAGCUACAACUCCGCCUCCAACACCGAGACGUCGCCCGUCUUCCAACCAUCCGCCGACUACUAUGCAAUGAUGCAGCAAUUCGCUGCCGACGACCAAAUGCCGAUCGAUAUGCCAGCAGGGCAGACACAGCAGUCUCAGGAUCAGUCUACACAGGCAUUGCCCUUCGCCAAUGGCCCUGGCGCUCAUCAUCACUUCAGCGGCACCGCGGUGCAACGACAGACAGCUGCCGACAUGUUCGACAGCCCGCAGGAGAUGAACCGGAGGACACUGACUCAGGAACAAUUCGACGCGUUGGCACAGAACGGCGAGAUGAUGCACUCCUCGGGACAUUUUGACAAUCUUACACAUGGAUUUUCGGGCGGCUUCGACGCGUUCGGGCAGGCGUUCCCGGACAAGUCGCCAGACGAUUUCCAACAGCAAGAUGCCUUCGCGUUUCCAGCACCGCUGGGGACGCCACUGUCGAGCAAUGAUUCAAGCGUGCCAUCCACAAUCUCGGAACACUCCAUGUUCCCCUCAUCUGCCGCCAUGCAAGACCAGGCCAAUCUCUCAGCAACGUCUUCCGAGUGGGGAGACAGCCGCAGCUCAUCAGUCUCGCUCUCACAAAAUCAUGAUCACUCACUCCAUCAGAUGGCUGUUCCAGCAUCUCAGCCUAUGGACACCUCGUCACAGUGGCAGCCAGGGCAGUCGGUGCCCGUCGACCCGAAUGCCUUGCAGCAACAAUUCCGCGAGGCCUCAGCACAGCGUCAACAACAGCAGACACACGCUCAUGCUCAAGGACAGAGCCAGGUUCCGACAGAGCAGCCGUUGGCCUGGCCAUCCGACGAAGCAUUUGUCCGGAGAGAUUCACAGAACGGUACGAUGCUUGCCCAGCAGAUGAGCAGCUUCGCACUCCAGACACCGCAGCCUUCACAGACUGCCACGUUCAAGUCACCCGCACCACCCAGCGAUCAUUCAGGGAGUAUUGCAGCCAGGCGCCAGAGGCCACGUCCACAGCAGCUUGGAAUCACAUCUCUUCGAAGCCAGUCGUAUGGUGGUGUUGCACCGCCUAUAUCACCGAGCCACCCAGCAGCCCAAAAUCUGACAGCUUCUGGCCAGCAACUGCGCCGUAUUCGGUCCAGCAAUGUUCUCCAUGGUGGCGUCUCUCAAGGUCGGGUGAUGAAAUCUACGCCGGGCUCUGCACAACGCUCUCCUCUCGCCUUCACCUUUGGGGAUUCUAUGAACUCGCCAAAAGCUGCUCGCCAUGCCUCGACAUCUUCGACUGGGAAUCUAGCGCCUCCAACGCCCUUAUCGCCCAGCGAACUGCCUAACCGACCGACAUUUCCUCCGUGGCAGUCGUCCUCUGGUCAGUACAGCAGCCGUCAAGCAAGCAUCAGCGAGACCGAUGCCGAGCAUGGCUUAAGCAGCAUGCCAUCCGCGAAUGCUUCAGGUCAAAAUGUUUCUUCACCACCGCAAACGCCUAUGUUUCACCACCAUGGACAACAAUUCCAACCGUUCAACCAGUGUCGAGUCGGCGGCAAUGCGAUCAUCGAGCACACACCACCACAGUCGGCCCCUGCCGCUCAACAAACGUUUCCCUCUAGUGUGUUUAUGGCCCCACAACAUAAUACUUACGGACAUCCUUACCAACAAGGGUAUCAAACACAACACCCACCACAGCAGUUUAUGAACGUUUCUGUACCUGAGCAGCAACUCGCGGGACCGCCUGCAUCGUUUGCACCAGCGCAGCAUUUCGCCGCAUCAGCAUCCGAAACGCAGUCAGCAAUGCCAAUGGCGAUGCCGAUGCAAUUCGCGAAUGGGGUGCCUAUUGUCAAUGCUCAAGGCACUUUGACAAUGGGCUUCCCACCACAAAUGCCACAGAUGCAGUUUGUACAACAUCCCUCUCAACAAGGCCCACCUCCGCAGAUGCAGACGUCACCGCAGGGGGGUCAGUAUAACUUCAUGGCUGCACCUGGAAUGCCUGCGGGUAUGGCGGUCACCGCACAGAUGCCGAAAGCGCCUUCCCAACCAGCGUCGGAAUUUUUUGUGCACGAGUACAGCCCGCCACAGGAUAUAAAGCGAUCUGCAACUCCUAGAAAGCCUCAGUCGGACGGACCGAAGAAUUACACAUUCGCGAACCAAGGACCCGAGCACUUUGGAAAGGACCGGGCGAAAAAGGGUUCCAUCGACAAGACUGCCUCGAGCAGUCCUGCAAGCGCGUCUUCCUGCUGA